CAUUGGUAAAGGAACCUGAAACAUCUGGACCGCGAUUGAUGAAAUACUUUGCAAGUCUUUUCCAAACAGGCGACUUUAUUUUAAUAUCUCCAAUGCGAAAAGAUGGAACAUUCAGACCGAACCAAGGUGGUGCUGUUAGCCUGCGGUUCGUUCAACCCCAUCACCAACAUGCACCUGCGAAUGUUUGAACUGGCCCGGGACUACCUGGAAGACACUGGACAGUACAGAGUUGUCAGGGGGAUCAUAUCACCUGUUGGUGAUGGCUAUAAGAAAAAGGGCCUGAUCGAAGCCUCCCACCGCAUUGAAAUGGCACGGCUAGCCACUGAAAGCUCUGACUGGAUAAGAGUGGACCCCUGGGAGGGACAGCUGGCCGAGUGGGUGGAGACAGCGAAAGUUAUCAGGCAUCACUACGAGGAGCUGGUGGCAGCGGAGCACUGCAACGAUGAGGUGGACACCGUGAGGGUCGGCAAAAAGAGGAGGCACGAAGAAAGAGAGGGGGCUCCAUACUCCAACUGUCUGAGGGCAGAUGUCCCGCAGCUGAAGCUGCUGUGCGGAGCAGACGUCCUGGAGUCCUUCAGCGUCCCCAACCUGUGGAAGUCCGAGGACAUCGCCGAGAUCGUGGGCCGCUUCGGCCUGGUGUGCAUCACGCGGGCCGGCAGCGACGCCUGGAAGUUCGUCCACCAGUCGGACGUGCUCUGGGGCCACCGCAAGAACAUCCACGUGGUGAAGGAGUGGGUGACCAACGAGAUCUCAGCCACGCACGUGCGCCGGGCGCUGCGGCGGGGCCAGAGCGUUCGCUACCUCCUGCCCGACCCCGUGGUGCGCUACGUCCAGGAGCAUGGCCUCUACAGCUCCGAAAGCGAGGAGAAGAACGCCGACGUCAUCCUGGCUCCACUGCAGAAGUACGUCAAAGGCAGCAGCUGAGGUCUCCUCCUAUACAGGCCCUCGACAACUGAAUCCUAGAAGCUGGAGGGUCAAGCAGAAUCGCCUUAGCAAGUCUGUAGCCUGUUUUUUGGUUUGCAGCGAGGUCGAUUGACCUCUUGUGGGUUUGAGCGUGCUGUUUAGCGGUCACGUUUGUCAGAUAAGGUGAGUCUGUUGUGUAAUUUGAGGGUUUUACAAAACAAAAGCCUGAAUGCAUAGAUUGAAGUGGAGGACCAGUGUGUGAGCAGUUGAUUUUACUGUGAAGUAUGCUGUUAGCUAGUAGUAAGUGUUGGAUGUGAUGAACUGAGAUCGCACUUGUGAUAAAACGCCUUAACUAUGCACUACAUGUCUGGAUAAUGUUUUUGUCUUCUUGUCAAAACCAAUAAGGUCAUUUCUCAAGCACCUCAGUCAAUACCAGCUCAGCAUGUCAGGAAAUCUGUAUCUGUGCUGAAAAAAAAUGAACAACUAGAGUAGAUCAUUUGAACAUGUGUGUGAUAUAGUUAAUCAUAUUUUA